AUGGGAGUUCCCGCUUUCUUUAGGUGGCUCUCCAGCAAAUACCCGAAAAUCAUCAAGCCUUGUCUUGAGGAUGAGCCUGUGGAAAUCAAUGGUAUCGAGUACCCCGGGGACUAUUCUUUGCCCAACAAAAAUGGCGAGUUAGACAACCUCUAUCUCGACAUGAACGGUAUCGUGCACCCGUGUACGCACCCCGAGGGCCGCCCCGCCCCCGAAAACGAAGACGAGAUGAUGUUGGAGGUGUUCAAAUAUACGGACCGGGUUGUAACCAUGGCGCGUCCGCGCAAGUUGCUGAUGAUCGCCAUUGACGGAGUCGCUCCCCGAGCGAAAAUGAAUCAACAGCGCAGCCGUCGAUUUAGAAGCGCCCAGGAUGCUGAGGCUGCUCAGGUUGCCAAAGAAGAGAAAAUUGCCGAGGCGAGAAGAAGGGGUGAGGAAAUUGAUGAGGCCAUUCACGGGAAAAAGGCCUGGGAUACUAAUGUCAUUACCCCAGGUACUCCGUUCAUGGAGUUUUUGGCGUCGUCCCUGAGAUAUUGGAUAUCGUUCAAACUGAACUCCGAUCCGGCCUGGAAAGACCUCAAGGUUAUUAUCAGUGAUGCCUCAGUUCCCGGCGAAGGCGAACACAAAAUCAUGGAACUUAUUCGAUCCCAGCGCAAUGAUCCUGAGCACGACCCCAACACAAGCCAUGCAAUUUACGGUUUGGAUGCCGACCUGAUUUUCCUGGGUCUUGCUACACACGAGCCCAACUUUAGGAUUCUUCGUGAAGAUGUUUUUGCCCAGAACCGUACUGCCAAAGCUAGUGGCUUGAAAUCGUUUAUUUGGUUGGACGUUGGAAUUUUGAGACAGUACCUCGAAAUUGAACUGGAUAUUCCACGCACUGGAUUCCCCUUUGAUCUCGAGAGGGCUAUUGACGAUUGGAUCUUUAUGGCUUUCUUCUGCGGUAACGAUUUCUUGCCCCAUCUUCCAUCGCUUGAUGUCCGUGAGAACGGUAUUGAUGUUUUACUCAAAGCCUGGCGGCAGUCGCUAUCGAGAAUGCAAGGUUACAUGACAUGUGACGGCUCGGUGAAUCUAAGUCGUGUGCAGAUCUUGUUGAGAGUUGUUGCGGGGGCUGAAAGUGAUAUUUUCCGUCGUCGCCGAGACCAGGAAGCUCGCCGCAUGGCCAAUGAUAAAGCACGAAAAGCUGGGCAAAAGCGCAUGAAAAAUGAACGUGCCCAAGCCCGUGGCGCAGCAAUCGCAAAGACGCGGGGCGAGAGUGCUCCGACAAACCCUCUGGAUAAUAUCCCGUUGUAUACACCUUCCGGUGAAAGCGUCGGCCAAACCCAUAUGACGAACCAAGAGCUUGUUGCCCACCGCAAUGAAAUCACGAUGGAAAAUCAGACCCAGGUAGAGGCACAAGCAGGAUUGAAACGCCCUGCCGACGACAUUGACGAUGACCAUGAAGCUGAGGACAAUAUUCGUCUAUGGGAACCAGGUUAUCAUCACAGAUAUUAUGAGAGAAAGUUCCACACUUCUGACAAGAACCUUGAGUUUGUAAAUGAGGUCGUUCAGAAGUACAUCGAAGGCGUUUGCUGGACGCUUGCAUACUAUUAUCAGGGUUGCCCCUCCUGGACCUGGUACUACCCUUAUCAUUACGCACCUUUUGCUCAGGAUAUGACCGAUUUGGAUCAUUUGAAGAUCGAAUUCGACGGUGGUGAGCCGUUUUUGCCUUAUGAACAACUCAUGAGUGUGUUGCCGGCGGCAUCAAGUCACACGCUUCCCAAAGUGUUCCGACCUCUUAUGUCCGAUAGCGACUCGCCCAUCAUUGAUUUCUAUCCAGUUGACUUCCCCAUUGAUAUGAAUGGUAAAAAAAUGGCUUGGCAAGGCAUUGCUUUGCUUCCGUUUAUUGACGAGCAGCGGCUGCUGGCGGCCGUGCGAGCAAAGUAUUCUGAGCUCACCGAGGCAGAACGCGAACGAAAUGCUCGUCGAGAGCCUGUUUUGUUAGUGGCUCCCGAGAAUGUUCAGCGAGCUGAUUUCGCCAAACUAUACAAGACUGACAAAGUUGUGCCCUUCAGCUUCAAGAGUUGGAGAGCUAAGGGCUUGGCUGGCACAGUGUUCCGUUUGGAAGAUUUUAGCCCUGAUAAGCCGCUUAUCUGCCCUGUGAGCAGCACCGAACAUCCUGACAUUGCCUCAAAUGGUUCAGUUAUGGUGGAAUAUCAUGUUCCUGAGAACCAAAUGCACAAGAGUAUGAUUUUACAGGGUUACAACGAGCCUAAUCUUGUGUUGAGUUAUGACGAGCGUUCUCAAAUCAUUUCAAGACGCAACAAGAGUGAUCGAGGAGAUGAGCGCUUCGACAGGCGUGGUCGUGAUCGUCCGCAGGAGUUUUCAGAGCCUCGUCCUUUGUCCGAAGAUGGAUAUAUUGGAUUCUUGCAACACCAAGCCCAGCUCAAGGCUCAGGGAUAUGACCAGCAGCACCAGGGCGGAUACGGUGGGGGCCAUACAGGAGAUCGUGGCGGAUAUCACAACGGUUAUCAAAACGGAUACCAGAACGGACACCGCAAUUAUAACGAUGGCGGGUACGGUGGCUUCAACCCUGGUGGGUAUGGCGGUGGUCAGAACUACCAAGGAUACCAAAGGUACCAGGGAUACCAGGGAUAUCAAGGCGAUCGACAGCGAUAA